UAUUGGGACGGAUGGCAAGUAUCUUCCACCUCGACACACGCGCACUAUCAGAGUGUGUGUAGAGUUUGCGUAUAUGUGACAGACGGGCACGAUUGAGAUCCGCUGAAAUGAACACAAGACACCACCACCACCAUUGUAGCAGCAGAACCAGCAGCAGCAGCAGCAGCAGCAGCAUGAUGUCGAUGCCGCCACCUUGGCCGACCCUCCACUAUAAUAAAGAGCAGAAUAAUGCUUAAGGUGACUAUUCACACACUUAUUUGCUUCGUGGGUGUUCAAAAAUGAUGAUGGGUUAAUAAAUAUCACACUAUGACAGACGAUAUGACAGCGCAUCUGUUGGAUUCAGGAAAAGUGCAAUGACGCGAUAUAAACGCUAGAGAGCGCCAACUUGCAGACGAUGCUUCAUAUUACGUUAAAAGGUGUCAUUGUUUACAGUUCUAUUUUUUUCAUUUGAUUUUUUUUUAAUAAGUCGUUACAGUGGGCAAACAAAACGGUUUUUUUUUUCCUGCCGUACGAUAAGUCAAUUGAAAUAAACGUUGAAACAUUUAUCACGAUAAAACAUGGAACACUUGCCAUGCUAUUAUACCUAACAUACACGUCAUUUCAGAUAACAUUCCCUGUCAAAAAAGAAAAGAAAUGGAAAAAUGGAAAUGGGGGUAAGUUUGGGUGAGUCCCUGGAGGGAGGAAAGGAGGGAGGAAAGGAGGGACACGCCCUCCCUCGAUCAGCACCGGAGACACGCCGGCCGCUGGCAGGGCGUAGCUCUGCUCGGCGUUAGUUGCUCACCACCGGUGGGCACCAGCAGGGAGGGAGCGAGCGGGACACCGACAGCGACCGGACGCCUGCCUGCCUGCCGAGCGAAGAGGAGAGGACCGACGUCCAGUUGCACCGGCGGCCAUGGACGCGCUGAAAAACGCCGGGAGAGCCAUCAUCAAGAGCCCUGGCGUCCCGCGGCACACGUGGGGAACUUCCAAGCACGAAAAGCUUCCCGAGAACUGGACCGACACCAAAGAGACUCUGUUGGAGGGCAUGGCGUUCAACCUCAAGUACCUGGGAAUGACAUUAGUGGGCCAGCCCAAAGGGGAGGACAUGGCCGCCGCCGCCAUCCGCAGGAUCGUCACCACGGCCAGAGCCGGCGCUAAGAAGUUCCGCAAAGUCACGCUGACCGUCUCCCCGAAAGGCAUCGUCAUUACCGACACGGACACGGCGGACCUGGUCGAAAACGUCUCCAUCUACAGAAUCUCGUACUGCACAGCAGACAAAAGCCAGGACAAGGUGUUUGCCUACGUGUCUCAGAGCGCUUUCAACGAGACGCUGGAGUGUCACGCCUUCCUCUGCCAGAAGAAGAAGAUUGCUCAGGCCGUGACGCUGACUGUGGCACAGGCCUUCAAAGUGGCCCUGGAUCUUUGGGAGCUUGCUCAACAAGAUAAAAGCAGGAAGGCGAGAAGCGCAUGUUGCUCCUGCGCAGCCGCCACCAACGGUCACGGGGCGGCGACGACAGACGCUGGCUGCCUUCCCGCAGCGGCGUUCUCUUCAGACACGUCUGGCAGCGCCGACAAGAUGCCGCGUCGACCGUUCCUGUCCACCUCCAUCAGCUCGCCGUCGCCUCGCAGCAACCCCGCUCGGAGGCGACCCGUCAAACACGACUCCUGGGACGUGGACGACGGACUGGAUGACCUUUUGGCAAGCAGCAUGGACGUAGAGGACACAGGCAGUGAUCUUCGACAUCUUCUUUGAAUGGAUUCAAACCAAAAGUGUCCGUCCCCCUGUCUUUCCAUCAGAAUGGUCAAGCCCGGCUCCUGACCCAUCUUUGCCCAUGCAGCUUUGAAUCUUGAAGUCGAUCGAGAUGAGUGGGAUCAGUGUGGAGCCACAAUGUUGCCUCAAUGAGGACAACCAUCAAAAGCACCACCACCACCACCACCGUGAUCCUCCUCUUGCCACAAUGCGGACAACUUGACAAUAAAGCCACUGUCAUUCUUGAGACACGCGCACUCGGUGUCCCUCACAAGCGCACAGCUGGUACAAGAACCUUGGACGAUGGACGGCGGCAGCCACGUCUCCAUGUUUCCUCCUUUCUUUUCUUUGUGCUUUUCAAACCAAUUUGUUGAGGCACCUCACCAAACUUCCCUUUUGUAUCCAAGCAGCACGUAUCUUGCAGUAUCUCCACGUAUUGUGUGGAAUUGAAUUUGACAUCUGAGUAAGUGAGGAGAAUUUCAGAUGGAAAGGUU